CCACAUGAUUAGUAAGAACCCGAAAAUGAUGCAAGGAAUAAUGCAAGUUUAGAUACAGAUUUCUUUAAAGCUUAAAUACAAUAUGGAGUGUACACAUAUAUCAUUAAAAGUAGAGAGGGAAAGGACCGGGUCAGCAAAUGAGACUUGGUAAUGCAACUAAUUUGCUAGUAACAGCAGCGGAUCCUACCACCAAGUCAUUCUGGUUACCCCACAAUUUUUGUUCUUCAGUCAGAUGUCAUAGUGUACAAACGGAGAUAAAUCAUUGAUAAGAACUGUAAUAACACCAUCUCCCAACCAGGAACAUUCUAGUUCAGAGAAUGUUCUGACUUCUGAACCCCUGUCCCUUCAUUUCUGUAACCUACAAUAAAUACAGAGACAAGCAGUGGCCAAACAAUCAUAGCAAGCUUUCGACUAUUAGCUACUUCUGCCUGUAGAUGGUUGGAUUGGAACCCCACCUAUCUUUCACCUCAAUGUAAAUCCUGAAGAGAUUCAUCUAUAUUGCAAUGGCUGGACGGGCGUAAUGAAAAAACGAGUAUUUAACCAAAAACUACCACAAUUCGCGGAAACGUGACAGAAAACUACCACUUUACGAUUUUGUCCCGAAAACUACAACUUUUUUAUUAAUCCGUGACAAAAAACUACCAAGUGUGAAAACUGCUCGCUUUGCCUGGGUUAAACGCGAAUCUGACUGCCCGACCCCACACAUAAACGGGCUAAAAAUGCAAUCGGGUCCCUAGUUUUUUUUCAAAAAAGCAAUCGGGUCCUCCGCCUCCUUCUCCUCCUCGUCGCCAGCACAGCCAACGCCACCAACAUCGCCUCCGACAUCACCAGUGAACCCAGCGCCACCAGCGUCGUCCCCUCCUGCUCCGGUGAACCCUGCACCACCAACCCAGGCGGCGAAGGUGGAGGGGCACUGGGCGGCGGGCCUCCUCUACGGCGUCCACAUGCCCGUCCAGCCCAUGAAGACCAUCGCCGCCGUCGCCCUCUCCGACGCCUCCUUCGGGGUCCCCGAGAUGAUGGCCGCCGGCAUCCUCACCUCGGCGUUCGUAUUCGUCCUCGGGGUCACCCGCCUUAUGAAGCUCGUCUACUGGUUCGUGCCGCUCCCCGUCGUCCGCGGCAUCCAGCUCGCCCAGGGGCUCAACUUUGCCAUGGCCGCCGUCAAGUACAUCCGCUACGAGCAGGACCUGGCGAAGAGCAAGUCCCUCGGUCGGCGCCCCUGGGCUGGGCUCGACGGCCUCGCCCUCGCCAUCGCCGCCAUCUUCUUCGUCGCCCUCGUCAACGGCGCUGGCGACGAUCACAGCACCGCCGUCCAAGAAGAAGUGGGACGAGAUCGGGAGGAGGAUAGCUCUUCUUCCCCAUGCCCAGCCUCCUUCCCCAGGCCUUCAUCGACGCGCUCCCCGUCUUCCUCUACCGCAACGUCGUUGUGGGUGGGGACGGCGGCAGGGGAAGGACCCGUUCGAUGGCGAGCGAUGGCGAGCAAGCUGCGGACGGCUGGGGAAGGAGGAGGCCGGCGACGAGGAGGAGAAGGAGGCGGAGGACCCGAUUGCUUUUUUGAAAAAAAACUAGGGACCCGAUUGCAUUUUUAGCCCAUUUAUGUGUGGGGUCGGGUAGUCAGAUUCGCGUUUAACCCAGGCAAAGCGAGCAGUUUUCACACUUGGUAGUUUUUUGU